AUGUUUCAUAGUAUAUUGCUAUGUGUGUUAUUUGUGUGUGUAGUGUGUGAGAGGCAAUAUCAAGAUCCAGGAACUGAUAAUGAUAACCCAGUUACAUGUAGUGUGUCAGGCACGUUCAAAGGAUCCUGGCAACACACCCGCCGUGGGAGGCGCUUCCAGUCCUACAGGGGUAUACGCUACGCUAAAGCACCUGUAGGAGAGUUAAGAUUUCAGCCACCGGAACCCAUCUUGACGUAUGAACAGGUAAUAGACGCAAGUCAAGAGGGUCCAUCAUGUCCCCGGCCAGCGAGCCCAGGUUACUACAUCGACGAAGACUGUCUCACGGUCAAUGUCUACACUCCGAGUAAUAAUAGCUCCAAGCUGUUGCCAGUAAUAUUCUACAUCCACGCGGGAGGGUUUUACACAUUUUCGGGACGCAGUGACAUCGCCGGACCACAAUAUCUUCUCGACAGAGAUGUGGUCCUCGUCACCAUUAACUAUAGACUUGGGUCUUUGGGUUUCCUAUCCUUGGGUAACAAGUUAGCGCCAGGGAACAACGGCUUCAAGGACCAGGUGGUGGCACUGAAAUGGGUGCAGAGAAACAUUGCCGGCUUCGGAGGGGAUCCCAACCUAGUGACGAUAAGUGGAUGCAGCGCUGGCUCCGUCAGUGUUAUGCUACAUAUGGUAUCACCCAUGUCCAAAGGUCUGUUCCACCGAGCUAUCGCAAUGUCUGGAGGUGCGACGGCCAAAGUACCAAGUCCCACAAGUCGCCUGGACUUAGCAGAGAAGCAAGCCAAGAUAUCCAAGUGUCCUGUUGACAACACCACCGCAUUGUUCGAAUGUCUCAAGACUAAAGAUUGGAGUGAAAUCGCCGGAUCACUACUUGGCUUUUACGAGUUCGGCUAUGAUCCUCUCACUCUAUUUCGUCAUAUCGUUGAGCUAGAUUUUGGCCAAGAGCGGUUUUUAGACAUGGAGCCGAUGGACGCUAUCAGACAAGGCAAAAUGCACGAAGUACCAUUCAUCAUCAGUCAAACUUCCGAUGAGUUCUUCUGGAAAGCUUUCACAAUACUAGAGAACAAGACACUCCUGAACGCUAUGAAUACAGAAUGGGAUACAGUGGCUCCUAUUUCCUUCGCGCUUCCUCGUAACGAGACCCACCAUCGCUUGGCUAAGCUACGGCAGGCCUACUUUGGAGAUGCUGAGCUGGCCAAGGAUGAGAAGACCGCUGAUAGUCUUGGGAAGCUUUAUGCUGACGCUAUUACCUCUUUCCCCGUACAUAGGAUGGCGAACCUGAUGUGUCGGCACUCAAAGCAGCCCGUGUACUACGCUGAGUUCGCGUACAUCGGCAACCGUAGUCACUAUGAAGACCCCACCACCAGAAGACCUAAUCGAGUGUCACAUCACGACGAUCUAAUCUACUUGUUUUCGAUGAGCUACCGCUUCCCGAUAAUAGAUGUCGCUAACACGGAAGACUCUCACAUGGUUGACAAGAUGACAGCCAUAUGGUACAACUUCGCUAGAUUUGGUGACCCGAACCCUCGUCCAGAUACUCCAGAGAUAUCAUCUCUGACUUGGCAAGUCAUGAAGUCUGACGAGAGAAAUUAUGUGAAACUUGACAAAAGCUUCUCCGUGCAACAAAACUUGAAAGAAGACAGGUUGAAGAUCUUUGAAGAACUGAUCAACCUGGACUUUUCAUUUGUAGCGGCGGCCCAUUGGCCUUGCAUUAUUCAAACUGGCGCACAAUUGGUGGAGGGAGCCCGAUAUGGGAGGUGA